CUCAAGAGAGUGCAAAUUAUUGUAGUGUUAAAGAAAUUUGAUUUAAUUACGCCAACAAAUAGGAAGAGGGGGAAAAAGAGAAAGAAAUGCUAAUGGAUACUAUAGUGUCUUACCUUGUACUCUAUUUUGUCAUCUGGGCAUGCUUCUAUCUGCUGACAUCAAAUUUAAGGUCCCGAAAAUCAGCCACCAGACUUCCUCCGGGGCCCUAUUCGUUUCCAAUCAUCGGUAAUCUCCAUCAGGUUGGCCAAAAUCCUCAUCAAUCAUAUGCAAAACUGUCUAAAACUUAUGGACCUUUGAUGUCUCUUAAGCUAGGAAGCAAAGCAACCGUAGUCGUAUCAUCUGCAAAUGUUGCAAGAGAAGUGCUACAAAAAUAUGACCAGAUGUUUUCGGGCCGAUCAGUCACGGGUGCAGCUCAUACACUUGAUCACCACAUGGUGUCUAUGGUCUGGCUGCCUGUGUCCAGCCAAUGGCGGAACCUUCGCAAGAUGUGCAAAGAGAAUAUCUUUGCAACACAAAGACUCGAUACCAGCCAAGGCCUUCGUCAAGAAAAGCUUCAAGAAUUACGCCAUUAUUUGCAUAGGUCCAGCGUUAGCAGGAAAGCUGUGAAUGUUGGUGAUGCAGCCUUCACAACCUCUCUGAACUUAAUAUCCAGGACUCUAUUUUCUAAAGAUUUUGCCGACUAUGAUUCUGAUUCGUCUCAAGAACUCCAAGAGAUUGUGUGGAGGGUGAUGAAAAAUGUUGGCGCUUUUACUCUCUCAGAUUACUUUCCAGUUCUACGGGUGAUUGAUCCCCAGGGCAUCAUGAGGGACGCCAAGUUCUAUUUCCAAAAGUUGUUUGAUAUUUUUGAUGAUAUCAUUAAUGAACGGCUACAAGUCAGAGGUACAUCAGAGGCUAAGAAGAAUGAUCUGUUGGAAGCACUCUUGGAUCAUAGCAUAAAGAAUGAGUUUGAGUUCGGCCGCAAUGAUCUCAAACAUUUGCUUUUGGAUCUAUUUGUGGCAGGAGCAGACACUACUUCAACCACUGUGGAAUGGGCAAUGGCAGAGUUACUACGCAGCCCUGAUAAGUUUGCUAAAGCUAGAGCGGAGCUCAAGGAAAUCAUUGGACAGGAGGAAGUAGUCCAAGAAUCACAUAUCUCGAGGCUCCCUUACUUGCAAGCAGUAAUCAAAGAAACCUUUCGGCUACACCCUGCAGCACCAUUACUUGUUCCUCACAAAGCAAACGAGGAUGUAGAAAUCAAUGGUUACAUAGUGCCAAAGAACACACAAGUACUUAUCAAUGCGUGGGCUUCGGGUAGAGAUCCGACAACGUGGUCAGAUCCUGAGAUUUUUGAGCCAGAGCGAUUUUUAGACAGGGACAUUGAUGCAAGAGGCCAGCAUUUCGAGCUCAUUCCCUUUGGUGCAGGGAGGAGAAUAUGUCCAGGAUUGCCUCUGGCUUAUCGGAUGGUACACCUGAUGCUAGCUGCUUUCAUUCACAACAUUGACUGGAAACUUGAAGAGGGAAUGAAACCAGAAGAUUUGGACAUGGAUGAAAAAUUUGGGUUGUCAGUUCCAAAGGCUUUGCCUCUGGAGGCUAUUCCAGUUAAGCUGUGAGUGCGAUCCAAUAAUUUGUAGGCCUAAUCAUUUCAGAUGAUUAGAGAAAGCAUUACUUGUGAUUCUAAUGGAUAUUGAGAGUCUAUAUAAGAAUUAUGUUCGUAAACAA